AUGAGACGCGCUCCCGCAGGAAUCGGUUUCCAUAAUACUGGCACUACGGCAGGCGGAUUGCAGUGUUGUGUGUGUCCGCGGGCUGGAGCGAGUGAAUGCGCGACGAUUUUACGCUGCCGACGACUCAAGCCGGGGGGCGGGGACUCGAUCUUGUUGGAUCGGUGCACGGUCGUGUCUGCGGAAUUAUACCACCGGGCAAAAUGUCAAGGCAUCAGAGGACCCCUUUACGAAACGCGGACAACCUUAUCGAAGUCAAGAGUAAAUUCGAAGCGGAGUACCGGCGCUUCGCCCUGAAGCGAUCCGGAGCCGGCGGCUUCCAGGAGUUCUACCGGCUGCUGCAGUCGGUGCACCGGAUCCCCGGUGUGGAUGUGCUGUUGGGCUACGUGGACGUGCACGGCGACCUGCUGCCAAUCAACAACGACGACAACUACCACAAGGCCCUGUCGUCUGCUGCCCCGCUGCUGCGGUUAAUAGUGCAGAAGAGAGAUGAGGAUGAAGCCAUGGUGUUUGCGACCAACUCCCUGCAGAGGAAGAAGAAGGGUCUGCCGGGCCUACGGCCAGCUUUGCAGAAGAACAAGCCCACGCUGCUGAUCGGGCAUCCCCAGGACUUCCGGCAGAUCUCCUCCAUCAUCGACGUGGAUAUCCUGCCUGAGACGCACCGGCGCGUGCGCUUGCACAAGCAUGGCUCUGAAAAGCCGUUGGGCUUCUACAUCCGUGAUGGGCUGAGCGUGCGCGUCACCCCGCAGGGUGUCGAGAAGGUUCCGGGCGUCUUCAUCUCCCGCGUGGUGCGGGGCGGCCUGGCUGAGAGCACGGGGCUGUUGGCCGUCAAUGAUGAGAUCCUGGAGGUCAACGGCAUCGAUGUGGCGGGCAAGUCCCUCGAUCAGGUGACGGACAUGAUGGUGGCCAAUAGCCACAACCUGAUAGUGACGGUCAAGCCGGCCAACCAACGGAACAACGUGGUGCGCAGCAGCAAGGCCUCGGGCAACAGCUCUGGCUCAGGCUUCUCCCAGGACUCCACCCCCAGCCCCGCCUCCCAGUACACGAACCACUUCGGCAACAGCAGCAUGGCGGAGGGGGAUAGCGAUGAAGAUGGGGACCUCAUCAUUGAGAGUGACAGCCUGCCGCCCUAUCUGCCUGCCACCUUCGUCGUCAACGGCAAUGGCAGCCACGGCGAUGCGCUGGUGGCGGCCGCCACACUAGAGCCCCUCCCCCAGAGCGCCUCCCUACACAGCGGUUCUCUGUCUGACAGCAAAGCUUCGCUUAGCUCCCUCAACACCCCCAACACCCCCACACACAAUGGCAGCCCCAGCAAGGCCAGCAGCAGCCAGGAGAGCAUGCAUGAGGACGGCAACAUCAUCACACUGUGAAACGCAACACCGGGCCCCCCUCCCUACAGCAUGCCACUCCCCUUUUCUAUAGGUGGGAGGAGUUUGGACUGCCAAAAAAAGUCAUGAAGGAACUGGAAACAAUCUUAAAAUCUAUAUAAGCCUCCACACACCCAUAAACAUCUACUCCCUGUUAAAUAAUUGAAUUAAUUCAUUACCUCAACUGAGCUUGUUUAACUACAGAAGACCCGGUUACCUGAUCAAUAAUGCCCGUAACAGCCUGGUGUUGCAUCGUGGCUGUGACAGUUUGGUUCGGUCCACAUGGUGGUCAGACACAUUCCAGACACAUAAUUGGGUGGAGAUGGGGUGCCGCUUGGAUCGGGAACGGCAUGCCGUGAUCCCGGGAAGACUUUCCAAGGCACCGUGGGGAGCUGGACUAGCCUUAGCGUGUACUAGCUGGUUUAGCCACACUGCAGUGGACCUGCUGGCCGUUCGUGCGCAGCGGCAGUGCUGCCAGGCGUGCCGGCAUCCAUCGCAUGCUCCGCGUGAAGCAGACUAUUGACUGGUGGCCAGAUUCCUCUGAAAGCGCGAUACUGGAUCCGGUUUUACUGCGGAUAGAGACUCAUUAGAGCAUUAGUUUCCCAGUCAUUGGGCUGUAGGAGGCCUCACUGCAGGAUCCUACAGGAAACCUCCCCCUAGUUCAUUUAAUCAGGGUAAUGGUACCAUUAGCGUGUUGUUAUUCGGUCUGUGAAACGCAGUGUGGUCACCUGCUCACUGUUGCUGCCCUCGUCUCUCUGGCUACUUUGCUAAAUGUCCUUUAUGUCCCUUUUUGUCCUGUCUCUCUUUUUAAAAAGCUUCCUUUUUACUAUAAAUGAAGGUGUGACAUCGGACCUUCUAGGACACCGUCUGUUGGCACCUUCAGUUUCACUUUCAUUUUCAUGUUGUACUUAGGAAUGUCCUGUAAACAAAAGCCCCACACAUCUGCUCUCACUGUGUUCGCAUGCACUGGAGGUUUGAGGAACAAUCAGUGGAGUUGGAAGAACAUUUUAAUUUUUUUUAAACAUGAUUUUUUUUCAUUAAACAAUGAUAAUACUAAUGAUAUAGUGAGAAUGUAGCAUGAAGGAUUUACCUGAAUACGAUGGGGAGGGAGUGGGAGACCCCCCCCCCCCCAGACUUAGAGGCCUGUAGGUACUAGAGUCACUUUGUUUUAAAUGAUGUGUAGAGGAGUAGGUGAUAUGGCUGGAUCGGUAGGUUACUCACGGUGAAGUUAACGAUCAGAGCCCCAGAUCGUUCGGGCCACGCUCACUCUUGGGUUAAGCAGUUCCACACACAGCCAAAUGGAUUGACUUAGGAGAAAUGGUGGUGAUUUUGAUAAGCAAGGGUGGGAACGUCUUAAUUGGAUCAAAAUGUUCUGACCCACAAAGCAGUUUGUUUAAUGUUAGGCUUCACCCCCCCCCCCAUCAUCGAGUUAGUUGAUCAUUUCCUGAUCCAGGUGCCCCAGAACUAUGCUGGUAUAUCCGCUGUUUGCAGUGAAAGGAUAAUGAUCAGGCAGAUGGUGGAAGGAAUAGCCAUCGGACAGUAAAUUGACUCGAGCUGAACUUUGUCCCUAGUGGUAGUUUGAGGUCAUAUGUGUGCAAUAGCCUGGGUGUCACGUGAGCCCUGUUCUUUUUAAUCCUCCCCGCCAGAACCCCUCAUGCAAUGAAGUUGUAAUGUUGUCUCACUGUCUGGGCAGGUAGGAUAUCUCACAUCUGUAGGUAUAUCUAAUCCGGCUCCUUGUGAUUCCCACGGUGAUGACAUCAUAGUCACAUGAUGAGGAAAUACCCCCCCCCCCAUUGCAGGCAUUGUUUUUAUUAGUGAAUCUUAUGAAAUUACGUUAGAAGCCAGUCAUGUUUGUUUAGACACCCUUUAAAAGGCAUUGUCUGACCCACUCGUCCCAUUGGCCUUCUAGAAUGUUCCACUUUCAUCAUGGAGACGUUCUUCUCUGGGGCACAACGUGUGCCAUUUCCGGACCCCACGUCACACCGGCCACUGUAUAUUUAACAUGAUUUAUAAAUAAUCUCCCCAGUCACUCUUUUAAUACGAGCACAUCACAUUCCAGAUUACCACAUUUUUUUGGGGGAGGUGAAGAAUUCCAAGUGGAUAUAAUUAUCUUAGGGAUUAUGUUUAGGAUCUGGAACAAGCAUGGCUGUGGGGCAUCUUAUAGCUCUUGAAGUCUUUUACUUGCGUAUACGUGGCGUUUUACUGACAAAUACUUUUUUUAUGCUCAAUAUUUCUGCCAUCUGAAAAUACAAGGCAAGAAGGAAAUGCAAAUAUUGAAGGUUGUUUCCUGGGCAGACAGUGAUCUCAGAGUGUUUGUGUUUCUAGGUCCAGUGUCUCUGAGGGGAAAAUUCCUGUCAUGUUUGAAAAGCUCUGUACAUGGAUCACGAAUGCCAUGGGCUGUCUGCUCAGACAGCGUUACGAUAACAGCUGUUUGAGACAGACAGAGGUGUGGUCGUUGUGCAUGAAUUUGGACAGGGCCUGUAUCUCUGUGCUUUUUAAACUGUAGGUCAUGAUUUUGGCAUUUUACCAGUGUGGAGGCUGGAGUUUCUGAGGAACCUGUGAAGUUCACUUGCAAGAGCCCUCAUUUGCUGUUUAGUAAAGUGGCUAUAACAUAGAUUUACCCCCCCCCCCUUGAAAAUAACUUCUAUGAAAGCUGCAUAAGAGUAUGCUUACAUUUUUAUAUAUUUUUAAGGUUGAUUCUGCAGUCUGAUCUCUGACAGAAAUCAGUUUCAAUUUAUGUGCAUCCCAUUUGCCCUAAAGGUUAGGGGUCAAAGGUUAAAGGUGACUGCUGGGUACGUGAGGUCAGAGAUGAAAUGCUAAGGAAAGACAGGGAACAGUAAGUACACCAGAGUGAAAUGUAAACCGAGUAAUACCACGGUGAAGAAACAAAUUUGUGGAUGAAUUGCUGGAUUCACUAACGGGAGAUGUAAAUGACUACACGCAUCAAACUCUCCAGUAUCAGAUAAAAAUGCAAGUUAUAUGAACUUGCACAUCAACUAACGACCCAUGUUUUCUACUGAUCUCAUUAUUAGAGUACUUAGAAAAUAAAGGGAGGUUUUUUUAAAAAAAUAUAUAUAUCUGGGGGGAUUUUUGUAGGGAUGUUUUUAUAUAUGUACAAAAAACACGGACAGUAUUUUUCAUACUCUUGUACUUCUAUUUGUAUAUGAGAAUGACAUUCGCUUCGUACUUCUUUGUCUACUAGGAAACAGAAAUAAGAGGAACUUAUUUAUAUUAUUUAAUGAAUCUUUAAUGAAGGGUUUGGGUGUACAAUGCUGUGAAUGUUACAUAAAUGUAUGCUGAUUAGAGAACACUAUAAUUUAAAGACAAUAAACUAUUUUAAAAAA